CGCCGACGCUCACACUCUCCCGAAGAAGAAAUCAUCUGCACUUUUCCUCUCCCAUGGCCAUCGCUCGAAUUCUUUCCCAAUUCCGAACCCGCUCUACACUCCGCCCCCCUGCCGCGCUAAUCGGUCACCGCCGCCACGGCUCCAGCAAAACCCACCGCGCCCAGCUAAUUGAGGUUGACCUGGAAUCGUCGCCGUCGGAAUCGCCAGAGGCGGCCGUUGAGGUCAUCACUUCCGGCAUCAGGAAGCUCGAGGAGGCCAUACACACCAUAAUCGUGCGCCGGGCGGCGCCCGAUUGGCUCCCCUUCCUCCCUGGGCACUCCUACUGGGUCCCACCGCGCGCCACAUCCAUGCGCGGCCACUCGGCGGGCAGUGUGAUCGAGGUCCUCGGAAAAUUAGCCUCGCUGGAUCCAGCGAAGGGACGGCGGUCGCAGGGCGAAUUUUUGUCGGAGGACCAACAGAUGGCGCUCGAAUCGGGAAAGGGUUGGCCCUCCUCCGCCUUUUUCAUCGAAGGGACUUCGCCCAUGCAUCCUAUACCGGUGGUUGAGGUUCAGGUGAAAAUUCAAGUCGAUGAAAACAGUGAAGAUGACACAUCAAGUUCUGAGGAUGAUGAUGAAGGAUGAGCCUUUAACUUCUGGAUGAACUUUGAUAUCCAGGGUUCUAACCAUUGUAUAUAUAAGAGCUUGGGGAAUGUGGAAAGAAGAAGGCGACCAGAAGGGAAGACGAGCAAGGAGAUAAUCUUUGGUAGGUCUUUAUAAUGAACUUCAUUUGUUGCGGUGCACACCUAAAAGACAUGUUUGGUCGGGAACUUAUUCAGCCUCAUGAGUUAUCACAUGUAUAUUCUGAAGAAGUGUUUGUGUUGUUUUAGGCAAUGGUUGUAUUGUAUGAUCCAAAAUGAACCCAACAAUCUUAGCAAUCAAUAUAAAUGUUCCUUCAACACACAUGCAUGAACCUAAAAUCUUAUCUUCCAUCACGAGGUCAGUCGAGGUUACGACGUACUCUGCUUGUGAGAUGCCAUUGUAUCCGUAUCGACGUUUAGUUUUUCUCAGUUUUUGUAAACCCUCAUUUUCUUCAUGGGCAGUUUCCCAAGCGAUUUUAGGAUUAAUAUUCUUUUUGUUCUUCUUUUAGUUUGGUGGUUUUGACUCAUUUCCUGUGUGCUGACCUACAAACAAAUUACGUGACCUACCUUCCCUUCAAGGGCACCUCACAUGCUACAUAUCUAUCAGUCUUAUUAUGGUUGGUUCAAUACAUUGCACCUGGCCCAAAUAGUGACCGAGGCUGGUCUUCAGUUUAUCGUUUUUCACAUCUAGGUAAGUUGUACGACCGAAUAAUUAAUUUAAAAAAAUAAAAUUUGUACAUAUUAUAUUUACCAUAUAAAUAUUUAUAAAAAGAUAUUCUAAAUGUUGGUGUGUAUACAGAGAGUUCGG